AUGGCAAAGUUUAAACAUAUAUCAAUCGCUUUAGCUGCAUUUAAAUUGGUACCACCAAUCUUAUCAUUCGUUAAAACUAAAUUCUAAUAAUAUUAAGAUUCAGAAAAAGCAAAAUAAUUUUAUUAAUCUGAUGAUUUAGAAUAAUCUACAGUGUUCUAGGGUGAUAAAGAAUUAGAAAUGAAUAAACAAUUCGUUUUUUAAAAAAUGUAUACUAGUUUAUAAGUUUUAGGGAAGAAAUUUAGAAAUAAAUAAUAAACUUUCUCGAUAAAUAUAAUUUUUAGAAACUAUAUGAUACGAACAAGAUAAAGCAACAUUUUUAUAAUGAAAAGAUGAAUUACUGUAUGAUUAAUUUGUAAGAAAUCGUAAAGGAUGAAUUUUAGAUAUUCACCACCUAAUUAGGAACAACAAAUGAAAUUAUAUGGCUUAAUUAAGCCAUUACUAAAGUGUACUACUUAUUGAUUAUAUACUAUUAAGGGAAAUUUAAAUAGAUAAAUAAAGAAGAUGAAUUUCUAUUAUACUUUGAUGAAAUUCUUGAAUUCAUAUAAUUUAAUAUAUUAAAAAGAGCAAAAUAAUGCUUUUCUUAAACCUAUGAUAAAUUGGAAAAACUUCUUAAAUGCCAUUGUGAAGUCAGUAUUAAAAUGAAUAACUAACUGGAUAAUUUGAAAUCAUAAUUUCAAAUGAAUUACAAAGUUAAGCAUUAUUAACAGAGAAUAUCAGAAAUAUAUAAUAAUAUUAUUGAGAAUUAUAAUGAGGAAACAUUGGAGGAAGUAAAAGUUAAAUAUCUUAUUGAAGAAAGCUUAGAAGCUCGUAAUAAAUUUAAGAUUUCUGAAGUUCUAUUAAAUGAGGGUCACAAAAUUAUAAGGAAGAGAAUAAAAUAUGAAAUCUUAAAUAGUCUUCAAAAUUACAAAGAAAGAGAUUUUAGCAUUUUAAUGACAAAGGUGAGAAAUAUAAUUAUAAAAUAAAUUCAUGAGGACAACUUUGUGGGUGGAAUUGCAGAUCAAGAAAUCAAUCAAAAUCUUUAACUCAUUCUCGUUUAAUAGUUUUGGUGUCUUAUAAAAAAUAAUAAUCCUACUAUUGAGUUCUUAUUCAAAGAACUAGGAAAGUAAUCUGACAUUAAGGAUAAAUUUUCGUAGAUUUCUUUAGAAGAUCUUGAUGGGACUUAGUCUCAAGACUUAAAAGAAUAAUACAUCAUUCUCCGGAAAGCAGUUGAAAAAGCACAAAUAUGGUAUGAGUAGAAUGUUGAUGAGGAUACUAAUUUAUUAGUUAUAUGUUAGAUCUACAUGAUAUUGGCCAACUUUAAAUUCAAAAACUAGAAGGUAUAUUUUGGAGAAUAUGAUUCAGAAGCUAGAAACACACUAUUUAUUAUUGUUGAAAAUCUGAAGGACUUGGAGUAUGGUUAUUUUAAUCAUGAGAUAUUGAAAUUGUGUGAAAGUUUUACUCAUAAACUGUAAACAAGAUUUUUUGAAGAUAUAGAUUAGAAAAUUUAGAAGGAGAAAUAAAAUGGAUUAAAUAGUGGGGAGUUGUUUAAACAAAGAAGUGAAAUCCUUAUUCACGACAAAUCCUACCAUUUCCUACUGUAGGAUACAUCGGUUAGUUUAUUAAAAAGUCCUACUGCUAUCGGAAGAGAGUAUCAUUAAUAAAAUCAAUUAUUUGAAUGUAUUUUGAAAUCAAAAUAACCGAAUUCUGAAUACCUUGAAAACUAAAUUAAGUUAAUUAAAAGGGAGUUCAAAAUAAUUGAGGUUCGGGUACACGAUUAAUAGAUUAUGGGGAAUUAUAAAUUUGUUCAACCUUUGUAAUAACCAAAAUUAUUUUAUUUUACACCACUCUCUACUGAUGAAAAUAAUUCAAAUGUUAUUACUUUGCUGAUCUCUGGGUUUCUUAGUAAGAAUACUGAUAAAUAGGAUUUAGGAAAGCAUUUAUUAAAGAAAUUGUCUGGCACAGUUCUUGCAAUGAAUUGGGAAACAAAAGAGAUAACCGACUUUUUGAAAGAAAUACCAAAUUGGAUUUUUGAAUACGAUAAAGCAGAAAUUCUUGAUCGUAGUUUAUAAAAAAAUCAGUUUAUUCAAGCAAAUCAAGAAGCAAUAAUGAUCGGUAGAUGUUUGGCUCAUUUUUUGGAUGGAGGAAAUCUAUUUGGAAAUAGAUAAAUAAACAUAAUAUGUCAUUCUUUAGGUACUUAAAUAUUACUUGAUUGUGUGCAUGAAUUGGACAGAUUUUCUUAGAAGAAAUGCAUCAACGAUAUAGUACUAUUUGGUGGAGUUGCUGAUGUAAACGAAUUAGCAAAAAGAAGAUGGAAUUCAGUUUCAGGUUCUAUACAUAAUAUGUAUAUUAAAGAUGAUACAAUUCUUUAAUAUCUCUAUAGGGUUAACUAUUUAUUCAAGAAGCCUUGUGGUAAGCAAUAUUUCUAAUUUAGGUUAUAAGCCAGUAAAAUUUGCAUAUAAAAAAAUUUAUAACUAUGAUCUAUCAGAAAUGAUUGAUGGACACUCAGGUUAUUGGGAAAAAUUAGAUAUAAUGAUGAACAUUUGUGAUUUGAAUAGUGAUUACAAGGUUUUGGUAAAAGAUGUUAAAAAAAAAUUCUGA